UUCAGCUUUAUCAUGGAGGACGCAUUUAAGCUCUUACAGAAUGCUAACAGCAUAGACGAGUUGAAGGAGGUUCUUAGCAGCCUUGAAGAGCUCUUUGCACAGUGUGCAAAAUCUUCAACUGUAGGACCCUCCAAUAGGCGCAACCCUGGAGCGACAGCCAAAACCCUAGGUCCUUCAAUUGCUCAGUUGCUAAAAAUCUGCUUUGGGAAGCUGAACACUGCAUCGACCAGCAGUCAAGCGGAGACUGAGAAAGCCUCUUUGUACGCAUCUGCUGCCAUACUCAGCAUUGACGCUCUCAGCACCUUGCACGGUCUCAGGCCGCUAGAGGUCGAAAUCCAGCGGUACAAUCUGAUUCGAAGGCUAGUGUCAUGGCAGAAGCACAGAGCAGCCCUCCUUCAGGGUUGGAUUCUAUUUGCAAGCCUUAGAUGCCAGGUUGCGGGGUUGCACGCCAGAAGUGAUGAGGAGAAGAAGGAAAUGCUGAUAAAAGCAAGGGCCUGGCAUGUGAAAAAGGUGGGACUACUAAAUCUAAGAGCAGCUGCGAGCGGGGGGCCUGGCAGAGAAUCAGUGGAGAGCUUAGUUAAGGUGAAGGUGGUUGAGCUCCAAAGUCCAGGUCAGGAAGAAGCAGCCGAGAUGGUGACGCUUGUGGUUGGGAGCAUCCUGAACCUGCUCAUCUGUUUGUUGGAAACAGCGCCUAUGAGCAUGACAGCUCUUGAAGAGCUGCGGCCAGCCAUCGAUAUUUUGGGUUUGUGGAUCAGCAAGCUGGAUGAUGCUACGGCGGCAAAGCACCGGGACUCGUUGUUCCGGUGCUUGUACAAGGCCGCAUGCCAGCUGCUCCAAAUGGUGACGUCGCCCAUCGGCUUAGCCUGCCACUACUGCAGCUUAGCCCUUCAUGCCUGCAGCCAAUCUUCCUCGAACACUCGGUAUCUGCAGGUGGCGCAAAAACUGAGCCGCAGUCUGACAGAGAGGGACCCAAACAAAGGUCUUGCUUUCUACCAAGAUUGCCUCCAGAGCAUUUCCGUUGGUACGCAGGGGUCCAGUUCCUCAGACAUCCUGGCUCUGGUUGCAAGUUACACCCAAGCCUGCAUUGAUCACGCAUCUGAAGAAGCCGGGUGUCACAUGAUGUACAACCUGUCACUUACUCAUCAGAUCACUGGUCUCCACAUCCUGCCAUUGCUCCUUAACUUAGAACCCGACCAGCUGCUGAAGCUGUCAAAAGGGAAUCAGAAGCGGUCAGCCAAGCCUUGCUUGCAGAGCUACCUGUCAUCUGUUCAAAAGGCGAUGUCUGCAGUCGAUAGCACGCUCAAUGACCUACUGCAACUGGAGAAGCGCCGGGUAGAGAAGGAAGCUUUCUCAGAAGCAGAGGCAAUCCUGCUCUCACUCGUCCCAGUCCUGGAGCUCCUCCGCAAAGCUGCCUCUAGGCACGUUGAGAACACGUGGCAGGCUUGGGUUGCGUCUGAAGGUAGCGAAAGGCAUGGAAAAGGAAGUGCCGCUGGAGUGGAGGCUGUGCAAGGGGCAGUGGAAGAGGGCCUGCUGCUUUGGGUCACCAGCCUGGACGUUUUCUGCAGUCUGCGGAAGAAGAGCAAGUUGAGCGGCGAUGCAUUCACCAAGCUGUUGACCUCGUUGCCGUCCGUUCUGUCAACCCGGAUGCGACUGUGCCUGGCGAAGGACGAAGAAAAGGUCCUGACCGAGUUGCAGCUGGCGAGUAAAUGGACGCAGAAGCUGAGCGAGCUUGGCGUGGGUAGAGAGCUCAAGGGGCUGUCCUCAGGCAUGUACAACCUGGGUGUGCAGCUCUUCAACCAGCACCGAUACGACCUGGCCAAGCAUCCCCUCAGCGUCGCGAGCCUCGCUUCCUGGGAACGAUUUGACACAGCGGCUGCUCCGGUUCGCCCUUCCGACCAGUCGCUGUCGUAUCCCUCCACGAUCUUGGAGCAGCACUCCCCCUCUGACGUCAUCCAAGACGCCUGCUCGAAAACAGCCAGCCACGCGGACUGCAUCCGCCGAGAAGGGGACGCCGAGGCCGCCGCGGAUGCGCUAGUGCCUGGCUUUAGGGGACUGUGUCGCAUUGCCGGCGCGCUGCCAGGAGCGGCCCUGCAGAUUCUUGUCAAGCAGCUCGAUAAGAUUCAAGCGCUGGACCCGUCCUUCUUCGUCCACAACCACGUCUACCAGAAAAUCCUCGAGGAAGACCGGCAGCUCGCCUCAAGCAGCCAUUGUGGGCUCAUCUUUGAAGAAAUACUGGCUGGCCUCCAGAGCGAGGAGACAGCAACCUUUGCUCCCGCGGUCUCGUCCCUGCUCAACCUCAUGCUGACAAGCAUCUACGCUGAGAGCAGUCACCCGAUCCGGAGAGCCCGCCUGCUUAUGGAGCACGCUCGGUUGACAGCUGCGGACGACGAAGCGACCUGCACCAGGAACCUCAAAGAUGCCAUCAAGCUCCAGGCAAGCCGAAUAUGGACGUUUGCGGAAAUCACCUAUUCGCUGGCAACCGUGCUCAGUGACUCCCGGAAGGCGGGCAAGGACGGUGGCUUGCUUGCCUCCCUGCGCGACGAGUGUGCUCUGGCGCGGUGCCGACUGCUGCUGCUCAAACACACGGACGCCCCCCAGGAUCUUCAGCCGGCGGUCCGGGACGCCUUCCAACUGUGGACGUCACUCCUGGAAAGGAAGGAUGUUACCGAGGGAUGCUUUCUCAGCCCAACGGCCUCUCAAUCCUGUCUUCUUCAAGUGGCGGACCUCCUUGCAGUGAAAGGCCUUUCAUCGUUGCAACAACAGGCCAUUCAGCUCGUUACCCGCAUCGCCCAUGCAGUCAGCCCCAGCACGCCUCUCCCGCACCACUGCGCCUCGCUGCUCGCGCACUCCCGGCUCUCGCACCUCCUCUGCUGCAACCCCCUCCCCUCGCCAGCAAGCCUCUCUGACGAGGGGGACCGGGGAAAAACGCACUCAUUCUGGGAAAAGUCCGCUGCUCUCUGCCCCGGGUCCCUUCUAGAAGCCACGGUGAAGUCACGCGCAGGCUGCGCCUGUACGGAGUCCCCGAGCACCAGCGAGAGAGAUGACGUCAGCGCUUCCGCAGAGCAGGAGCUCCGUGCGGCGAUAGCCCAGAGCGCUUCCGCCGGAAGGAGGUCCGCGACGGAGCUGGUGAAGCAGAGCGGACUGCUGCAAGCGCUGGCGGAGCGGCUCUUGCGCGAGGGGCGACGAGACGAAGCGCUGUGCGAGGCGACGGAGGCCUUACGGAUCCGCUUCGGGCUGUUCGGACACACGUUCGGGGCGGGGAGAGAAACAGAGGGGGACAGUCACGCAGAGGGCGAGGAGAAGCAAGAUAGCGGACGGAGCGUGACUUUGACGCCGACUGUCGCGGCGGCUCGGGUGGGCUGGCCCUCGCUGUUCUCUCGCAAGGAAACGAGCGGAAAGAUCAGCGGACUUCACAACUCGUGGAGGGUCGUCGGGGAUUACCUGGAGAGUCUUUUCUUCGUCGGGACGCUCUCCGAGAGCGCGGGAAUGGUCGACGAUGCGGAGCAGAAUUUUCGGGAGGGGCGGCGGAUCGCGGAGGCGGCAGGCGCCGCGCACGUUUGCGCGGCCUUUCUGUCGAGCAUGGGGGAGGUGAAGCGGAAGAAGGGGAAGUGGGACGCGGCAAGCGAGGCGUUCGAGCGGGCCGGGGAGUUCCUCCGGGAGGCCCCGAUUGACUGCGAGGGCUGCCGGGUGCUGGCGCUGGCUCGGCUGGAGAGACGAAAGGGGGAUCUGGUGAGAAGGCGCCCGGGGAGCGCGUCAGAAGCGGGGAAAGAGCAGUCGGGGGCUCGGGAGCACUACGAGAGGGCUGCGAAGAUGCUGCAUGGCGUCGUUGGGAGCGAACCGGGGAGCGGUCGCAGGGAAAAGCAGCAUCUGGUUGAGCGGGCGGGGCUAAGUAAGGGUUUAGGAGCGACGGCUGAGCUGGAGGAAGGUUCGAUGGAAGGGGUGAAACGGAACCUGAUGUGGGCGAUGUCCGAAGCGGAGCCCAGCAAAGAGCUCGUCGUUCCGGUCAAACGGAAACCCGGCAGGAAGGCGCCGGCGAACCCGGAACGGACACCGCUCGCGGAGGCCCCCACGAACCACAAGACAGGACGGCCGGGCCGCAAAAAGGCGGCAGUAGAGGUAGUGACGAUUCUUUCGUCCGACGAGGAAGCGAGCUGCGUCACGCGACUCGAGACCGCGAACCCGGCAGGGAAACGGAAAGGCCCUGUUCGAGGUCGCGCGAGCAAGAUUGCGCAGGAGAGCAGCGCGUCGGAGCUCGAGAGCGAGGCCUCGUCGACCAGCGUGGCGAACAGCAGGGCCCCAGUCACUCGGAAACAGCCCCGGGGAAGGAAGCCGCGAAACGCGGCAACCGGUUCUGACGCUGCGUCGGAGUCGAGCCCACCCGCCAAAAGGGUUCCUGCUCUUCCGGACCUCGACAAGAGGCAGGAAAAGCUGCGGAGAGUCGUGCUGCUGGAGAAGGAUUCCGUGCUGCCCGCUCUCCGGGGGUCCAGGCUGGGGAAGAUUCCGGUGGGCGCAGCGGAACUGGACGAGCUGCAGGCGGGAGUAGGGCGCAUUGCGCUGAAUGAUGCCGGCGGCGAACGGAUGGAGCGGGGCUCAGAUGCGGGGUUGGAGCCUUGGCUGCCGGCGGCGAGGGAAGAGCUUGCGCGGGUGCUCGUUCAGCAAGGCAAGUGCUGCUCCUCGCCAGAGCAAGCCCGGACCCUCUUCCUCCGGGGCCUCGCUCUAGUUCGCCACUGCCCGGCGGCAUUUUCAUCGUCCCUGGAACUCUCUCCACCCGCCCAUCACCCCCUCACCGAAGCCGCCCUCCUCUACCACCUCAGCCUGCUUGCGCUGUCUUCCUCAUCACCCCCCUCAGCUGCCCAGCAUUCGUCCCCCCUGGAAAUGCUGACUCGCGCGUAUGAUUUUUCCACGUCAGCACCCCUCCUGUUUCGAAAGAUAGCCCUCCAGCUGGCCGCGCUGCACAGCACGCCGUUGGGGGACGGUUGCGAGUGCCACGUGUCAGCCGAUGCGAGGAUUGCGGCCUACUAUCACCAGGCUGCGGUCGGAGCGUCCUCCAUGCAGCAGCAUCGGGCGAUCCUGGACACGAAGCUUGCUGCUCUGUCUCGGACCUCAGAUACUGAGGACAAGCAAGCAAAGGCGGAAAGUGGCGACCUACUCAGGGAGGUGCGAAAAGAAGUAAGUGCUCCCAAGCUGUGCGUCGGUCAUUGGCCCGACACCCUCAAGGCGGACUUCCACAACCGCAUCCUUGACAGCCUGCCCCCCAAUUCCGCUGUCUGCUGCAUCAGCGUCGUUCGACCCCCCUCUUUCUCCGGCGCGCCUUCUGACUUCCCCACAGCGGACGACGAGCGCUCGUCAGACGGCGACCCUUCCCUGCUCAUAACCCGUAUGACAUCCGACAAGAGCCGGAAACCCGUCUCCGUCCGGCUCCCCAUUCCGGUCUGCAUGUCCGAGCGCGGAGCCUCAGCGGAACCGGAAGUCCUCCGGGCGGGGCAUGAGUCAGCGUACGACGAGCUGAGCGACGACGAGAGCACGGGUGACGUCAGCGUGACGGGGGAGACGACGCUGAGGUCAGCGCUGGAGGAAGUGCUGGAGUGCUUUGCGGAGAUUCUGGAGGAGAGCCGGCGGUCGACCGCGGGGCAGGUGGACACGUCAGCGCAGAAGAAGCGGUGGUGGCGCUGGCGGCUGACGCUGGACAAGAACCUGGGUGGCCUGCUCCAGACGAUGGAGGACACGUGGCUGGGCCCCUGGCGCUGCCUCCUGGUGGGCGAACCCGCAAACCCCGCCGCUUCUGCCGCGCUCGUCGCGGCCGCCCGCGACCUCAAGAAGCGCAUGGACGCCGCAAAGCAGGGCCGCGCCGAGUGGGCCAACCCGACAAAAUCGGGGCCCUGUGUCGACCUGGAGCUCGUCCGUUUGCUGCUUCAGGGAGCGCACUCCCUCCCAGACGGGGCCCUCGAGUCGGCCGUCGCGGAGCUCCUCGGGUGGAGCCCCGAAGUGGCGGAAUCCGCAGCGGAACUGCGCGAGGAGAGCGGACGGAACCGGACGCCUCGCGGCCGCGGGGGCGCGGACGAGGCGAGCGACAGCGGCAGCGAGAACGAGAGCGGAGAGGAAGACGGGCCGGAGGGGCUGGAGCUGCGGCAGGCGAAGCUGGUGGUGCGGCUGGCGGACGAGAUGCGGCGGGUGGCGAUCGAGGCUGACGUCAGCGACGGGGAUGGGGACGUCAGCACGGCGAAAGGGGGCAAGGGAUCGCGGAAGCCGUCACGGGGGAAGAAGACGAGAGGAGACGAGGACGCGAAGGGCAGGAGCGGGGAACGGCUUCCUGUAGUGCUAGUCCUGGACUGCGAUCUGCAGGCGCUGCCGUGGGAGAGCCUCCCCGUCCUCCGCUCCUCCCGCGUCUACCGAGCCCCCUCGGUCGCCAGCAUCCGGGCACUCGUCGCCCGAAGCCGCCACCAAAGCCUCCUCGCGACGGCGACCACCGAAGAAAGAGCCCGAUUUUCCGUGGACGCUUCCAACGCCUUCUACCUGCUGAACCCAAGCGGGGACCUGGAGGCGACGCAGGCGUCCUUCGAGCAGUGGUUCAGGAGCCAGAAGGGCUGGCAGGGGCUGGUGAACCGGCUGCCGUCCGUAGAGCAGCUGCUGACGGCGCUCCAGGAGCACGACCUCUUCGUAUACCUCGGCCACGGGAGCGGCGAGCAGUUCCUUCCCCCCCGCUCCUUGCGCCGCCUUCGGCAGUGCGCCACUGCGCUUCUGAUGGGCUGCAGCAGCGGCCGGCUCACUCUUCGGGGAGACUACGAGCCGAUGGGCGCGGUGCUCUCAUACCUUAUGGCGGCCAGCCCGGCUGUGGUCGCCAACUUAUGGGACGUCACGGACGGCGAUAUCGACCGCUUCAGCAAGACGGUCUUGCAGCGGUGGCUUCAGCCCCGGAGCGGUGACGGGUCAGAUAGCGAGAACGAGCAGGGGGGGUCGAGGGCAAAAUGGCGCGCUGAGUUUGAGCUGCCCCCCCGGGAGGAGUGCAUAGGCAGCGCGGUGGCGGACGGGCGCGCGGCCUGCAUUCUGCCGUUCCUGAUCGGGGCGGCCCCUGUCUGCUAUGGGGUGCCGACCGGCGUAACGAUGAGAGAAUAGGGACCGCUGACGGAUUCGAUUUCAGCGGCGAAGCGAGGAAUCGCUGAAGGACUUGGAUACAGCAGCGCAGGUGGCAAAGCUAGACUGAUUUGAUCAUGCUAUACGAAGCACUGAUCUUAGAUCGCUUCUGCUCCAGGAAGUGCAGAUAAAGCUCCAACGAGUCAAUACCUACGGACAAGUUGGUAAGCUAAAGAGUCGACUCGAAAGUACUGUUCGUCAAGUCAAGUGCUCUGGAGUGAGUGGCAUUCCAGCCAUCUCAUAGAUCAAUGUAUAAUGCUGGCCAUGCUGCUAGUUAGUUCGUCUCUUCGUUACUUCUGGCACGUGGCUCACUGAAUGUAUUAGCCACAGCGCCUAAACGAGCUUGUAGGUCAGUGACAAGCUGCCAUUGAGUCAGAACUUUGGAGCAGAUCAUGUUCCAAC